AUGCACUCCAGUGUUAUUGCAUGGAGAACCCCCUCUCUGACAGAGAAGCCUGGCAGGCCACAGUCUACAGGGUCACAAAGAGUCAGACAGGACCGAAGUGACCCUGCACAUAUAAACACAAGCUUUUUUUUUUUUUUUUUUUGGUGUGGCAGCUCUGCCCCAGUGAGAGUUGAGCGUGAAGGUGGUGCAGCUGCUUGGCUUGCAGGAACCCUGGCAGCGCCAAGUGUUCAGGGACACAAACUGCCUCAGGGGCAGGAGUUAUGGCCCUAUCAGAGAUUUGUUUUUAAGCCUCUUGUAGCUGGCAAUCAGAAAGUUUCUUUGGCCAGUCUUUCUCCAUAG